AUGGAAGGUCCAGAUGAUAUUUAUAGAGCUAGUAGUUUACGAAGAGGUGGUUCUUCUUUAUGGACAAACAACGCUACAGAUGCAUUCUCAAAAUCUUCAAGAGAUGAAGAUGAUGAAGAGGCUCUAAAAUGGGCUGCACUUGAGAGACUACCUACUUUCAACCGCUUAGAAAAAGGUUUAUUAGCUACCUCAAAAGGUGCCAGUGAAAUCAACAUUCAGAAUCUUGGAUUUCAUGAAAGAAAGGGUUUGCUCGAGAGGUUGAUCAAUGUUGCUGAAGAAGACAAUGAAAAGUUCUUGAAGAAGCUCAAGAACCGCAUUGAUAGAGUUGGAAUUGAUCUCCCCACAAUUGAAGUUCGAUUUGAACAUCUGAACAUUAAAGCAGAAGCUCAUGUAGGAAGCAGAGCAUUGCCGUCAGUAAUUAACUUCUGUGUUGAUAUUGCAGAGGGUUUAUUCAAUUAUCUUCACAUCCUUCCGAGUAGAAAAAAACAAAUCUCCAUCCUCGAGGAUGUUAGCGGAAUCAUCAAACCAUCAAGAAUGACAUUGCUUUUGGGUCCUCCAAGUUCUGGGAAGACCACUCUUUUGUUGGCAUUAGCCGGAAAGCUUGAUCCUAAUCUAAAGUUCUCUGGUAGGGUGGCAUACAAUGGUCACGGGAUGAAUGAGUUUGUACCCCAGAGAUCAGCUGCCUAUAUAAGUCAAUAUGACACCCAUUUAGGAGAAAUGACUGUAAGGGAAACAUUGGCCUUCGCUGCAAGAUGCCAAGGGGUUGGACACCGUUAUGAGAUGUUAGCAGAGUUAUCAAGAAGAGAGAAAGAGGCUAACAUUAAGCCGGAUCCUGAUCUUGAUGUCUUCAUGAAGGCUAUCGCAGCAGAAGGUCAGAAGACGAGUGUGAUGAUAGAUUAUAUUUUAAAGAUUUUAGGACUAGAAGUUUGUGCUGAUAUUAUGGUAGGAAAUGAAAUGGUUAGGGGUAUCUCUGGAGGACAAAGGAAGCGUGUUACAACAGGUGAGAUGCUAGUUGGACCAGCAAAGGCUUUGUUUAUGGACGAGAUUUCAACUGGCUUGGAUAGUUCAACAACUUUUCAAAUCGUGAAUUCCUUAAAACAAACCAUUCACAUUCUCAAUGGAACUGCGGUCAUUUCUCUUCUCCAGCCAGCACCAGAGACUUACGAUCUCUUUGAUGACAUUAUUCUCCUAUCUGACGGCCAGAUUGUGUACCAGGGUCCCCGCGAACAUGUACUUGAUUUUUUUGAAUCUAUGGGCUUCAAGUGUCCUGAAAGAAAAGGAGUGGCUGAUUUCUUGCAAGAAAUAACAUCAAGGAAAGAUCAGCAGCAGUAUUGGAUGCAUAAAGAUGAGCCUUACAGUUUUGUCACAGUUAAGGAAUUUGUCGAAGCCUUUCAGUCCUUCCACGUGGGACGUAGAAUUGGAGAUGAGCUUUCAAUUCCAUUUGAAAAGUCCCAGAGCCAUCCGGCUGCUUUGACAACUAGAAAGUACGGCAUUGGAAAAAUGGAGCUGCUUAAAGCUUGCUUCUCAAGGGAAUGGCUUCUUAUGAAAAGGAACUCAUUUGUCUACUUCUUCAAGCUCUCCCAACUUACAAUAAUGGCUAUAAUUGCAAUGACACUCUUUCUCCGGACUGAGAUGCACAAGAAUUCAGUAUCUGAGGGAGGAAUUUAUGCAGGUGCUUUGUUCUACACACUGGCAUUAAUGAUGUUUAUUAGUAUGCCAGAGAUUUCCAUGACCAUAGGAAGCCUUCCUGUGUUUUACAAGCAAAGGGACCUCCUAUUCUAUCCUUCGUGGGCAUUUUCUCUUCCCUCGUGGAUCCUUAGAAUUCCUAUCACACUCAUACAAACCACUGGUUGGGUGGCCCUCACAUAUUACGUAAUCGGAUACGAUCCUAAUGUUGGAAGGUUAUUUAAGCAGUACCUUGUGCUUGCUGCUAUGAACCAGAUGGCUUCUGCAUUAUUCCGCUUUAUUGGUGGAGUAGGAAGGACCAUGAUUGUUGCUAACACCUUUGGGGCAUUUGCAUUGCUCAUAUUGUUCGCAUUGGGUGGCUUCGUCUUGUCUCAUGACAACAUAAAGAAAUGGUGGAUAUGGGGUUACUGGAUUUCACCAAUGAUGUAUGGACAGAAUGCAAUGGUAGUUAAUGAGUUCCUUGGGAAGAGCUGGAGUCAUGUUCUCCCAAACUCAGCUGAAUCACUGGGAAUUGAAGUUCUGAAAUCUCGUGGAUUCUUUACGAAUGCGUAUUGGUAUUGGAUAGGAGUAGGUGCACUGGGGGAUUCACAAUACUAUUCAACAUUUGCUACACUCUGGCUCUUGCUUUCCUGA